AUGAGUGUUGAAUGGAAGUUUCACACUCCCUAUAAUCCCAAAGCUGCAGAGAUCACAGAGCGUUAUAACAGCCUGCUGAAGCAAGGGCUGAGAGCUACUGCCCCCAUUCUGAUGCUGGCGGCUGGAGCUGACAUCUGCUCUCACACCCUCCAGUGGCUGGCUGGCUGCGACGUGGGGCCAGAGGGGCGCCUCCUCCUCGGGUACAGUCAGGUUGCCUACAACAGGGCCGAUUACCUGGCCCUGAACCAGGACCUGUGCUCCUGGACCGCGGCGGACACAGCCGCUCAGAUCUCCCGGGGCAAGUGGGAGGCGGCGGGAGAGGCUAAGAGCUUCAGGAACUUCCUGGAGGGCAGGUGCGUGGAGGGGCUGCGCAGAGACCUGGAGAUCGGGAAGGAGACGCUGCCGCGCUCAGUGCCCCCUCCUCAGCCCACCACCCCUAUUGACUCCACCGACCCCACCAUGGCCAUCAUUGCUGGCCUGGUUCUCCUUGGAGCUGUGCUCAGUGGAGCUGCGGUGGCUGCAGCUAUGAUGUGGAGGAAGAAACACUCUGGAGGACAAGGAGGAAGAUACUCUCAGGCUGCGGGUGGUGACAGUGCCCAGAGCUCUGAUGUGUCUCUCAGCCCCUGAGUGUGAGCCAGCUGCCAGGUGGGCGUUGAAUGAUGCAGGAUUUCUUCUCACCCCAACUUUGUAACUUCAAGAUCCUCUGGUUUCCUUUGCUGAAAAAGGCAUCAGAAUGUGUUUCUGUUCUUAUGGGUGGGGAGACUGGCCCAGCCCUGCCCACCAAGCACCUACCCACACUGACCUGUGUUUCUCCUUGAUGAUUUUCCUGUUCCAACAGAGGCAGCUUGGUCUGUGUCUGCCCCUGUCUUUGUGUUUUCCUCAAGAAUAUUAAUUACUUCCCACUUAAAUAAUAAUUGAGUUCUGAAAUUACUUUUCAGAACUUGCCUGAUGGGUUUGGUGGGCUAAUAAAAAUGAUUCCAAAAUUUGAGAUGAAAUAAGUGGGAAACCUUCCAGAAUCAUUUGUUUGCUGUGCUGAGUCUGUGCAGGUGGGGGCGGGAGAGGCUGUGAGGAGCUGAGGGGGAUGGGGCCU